AUGGCAAAAUUAUUUUUAAGUUUAUUACUUUUGACAGUAUUAUACGCUUUACCUUCUAAAGCUGGAUAUUCGAUUGUAUACCCAGCAACGGGCAGUGUGUUAACAGCUGGAUAUAUGUAUAAUAUUACUUGGACCUUAACUAAUGACCCUCAAACAGAACCAGCGGUUGAUUUAAUUUUAACUAUGGGUCCACCAGACAAUUUAAUGCCACAAUGGACAGUUUGUGAAAAUAUUAACCCUACUGCUCUAGUCUGCAAAUUUUCCGUGCCAGCGACAACGAAGACUGCGAUCGAUUAUUCGAUAAGCAUUGGAAAGUUAGCCGAAAAUGUUGCUUACUCUUCAUAUUUCACUAUCAAAGGUGUUGGAGAAGUUCCACUAGUUAAUGACGGAUGUCCAAAUAUGGGUGGUCAUAAAUGCACUGAUCCCCAAUCUCCAUGUUGUGGUGUUGAUGGAUUUUGUGGCAUCGGUCCUGGUUUUUGUGAUAAAGGUUGUCUACCAAAAUUCUCUUAUGGAGGUACUUGUGCCGCUAAACAACCAAAGCCCAAACGUAAAAGAUUUGUACAAUUUUAA